AUGGCCUCACACUCUCAGGUUUUAAUGGAAGAUAAAUAUACUGUUAGAAUCUUGACACUAAACAGACCAAACCAGAUGAAUGCUCUGUCUUGGAACGUGAUCACUCGGUUGCUGCAACUGUUCCUCGCAUAUAAGGAUGACCCCAGAGUGAAACUAGUCAUCCUAAAGGGUCAGGGAAAAUCAUUUUGUGCUGGUGGCGAUGUUCGACCUGUUAUUUGUGACAUCGUACAGGGCAAAUGGAGACUCGGUGCCGAUUUCUUCUCAGAUCAAUACACGCUCAACUACGUCAUGGCCACAUAUAGCAAAAUUCAGAUUUCAAUUAUGAAUGGUAUUGUCAUGGGAGGCGGAGCUGAGCGAGCUGUGAAUAUGCUCAUAUCUUUAAGGCUUUUUUCAAAGGUUUUUGCCAUGCCUGAGACAGAACUGGGGCUCUUUCCAGAUGUUGGUGCCUCAUACUUCUUGUCAAGGCUCCCUGGCUUUUUUGGAGAGUAUGUUGGCCUCACAGGAGCUAGGUUAGAUGGCGCCGAAAUGCUUGCUUGUGGUCUUGCAACUCAUUUUGUGCCUUCGACGAGGUUGACUGCACUAGAAGCAGAUCUUUGCAGAGUUGGUUCAAAUGAUCCAGAUACCUUUUCCUCAAAAAUUCUAAAUGCAUACACUCAGCAUCCCCACCUGAAACAGCAUAGUGCUUACCACAGGUUAGAUGUUAUUGAUAAGUGCUUCUCGAGAAGAACGGUGGAAGAGAUAAUAUCUGCACUUGAGAGAGAGGCCAUUCAGGAGCCAGAUGAAUGGAUCUCAGCUACACUUCGAGCUUUGAAGAAGGCUUCACCAGCAAGCCUUAAAAUCUCUCUUAGAUCGAUAAGAGAAGGACGGUUUCAGGAGGUGGGGGAGUGUCUUAUCCGUGAGUAUAGAAUGGUGUGUCAUGUGUUGAAGGGCGAACUAAGCAAAGAUUUGGUGGAGGGUUGCAGAGCCGUAGUGAUAGACAAAGAUAGGAAACCAAAGUGGAAGCCACGACGACUGGAGCAGGUGACGGAUAACAUGGUAGACCAGUACUUCAAGAGAAUGGAUGAAGAGGAAGGAUGGGAGGAUCUAAAAAGCUUCCACCAAGGAUUAACUUGCCUUCUUCAAUAA